AUGCCUGGGCAGGUCACCACUGAAGCAACAGAGGAACCAGCUGUGGCCACCACGGUCCUUGCAGAAACGUCAUCUUCUGCUCCAGGGACAAGACCAACUUCUGCCAGCACCUCCGCUCUUCCCGUGAGCUCGACUCUGGAGAUCACUUCCCCAGCUCUCACCACAACUACACCCAGCACCAGCACGGUGUUGCCGACAGCCUCAACUGCUGCUGGUCAGGUCACAUCCACAGCUGAGUCCACCACUGUGUCCAGCCCCACAAGUCCAGAAGGCACCACCUUGGCUGUGCAGUCCACGUCUCAGCCUCAGUCUACGGCUUCAGCCUCUUCCGCUCGGCCACGGACAUCUCCACUUGUGACAACUUCUACAGGCAUUUUUUCCAGAGUUGAGAGUUCGAGCACAUCUCCUUCCGUGACGAAUUCACACCAAGUUUUCUCUACUUUUAAUACCUUUACUACAGAGACAUCUCACACAUCUUCUCUUGGUCUGAGCAGCACAACCGAAUUGGAAACUACAGGAAUCCCUCACAGCAGUCUUGGUUUCAAACAUACUUCCACCCAGCCACCUACAAGAACACCUGCCAACCUUGAGCGUUUCACAGUCAACUUCACCAUCACCAACCUCCCCUACUCUUCCGACCUGGAGAAUCCUGACUCGGCCAGGUUCAAAGCUACACAGAAGGUUAUGAAAACACUGCUUGACAACUUGCUGAAGGAAAGCAGCAUUGGCCCUGAUUUCCAUGGAUGUGUGACAACUGCCUUCAGGCCAGGCAGUCACAGGGACGAGACCCGGGUGGACGCCGUGUGCACCUACAGCAAGGAGCCCUGGGCUGCGCCUUUGGACAGGGUGGGGCUGUACCACCAAGUGAGCAACAAGACCAGAGGCAUCACCCAGCUGGGCCCCUACAGCCUGGACAAGGACAGCCUCUACGUCAACGGAUACAACGAGCAGCCAGUGCUGACCACUCCCACCCAGCUGCCAACAACAACAGCUGCCAUUUCCCUUGAGCGUUUCACUGUCAACUUCACCAUCACCAACCUCCCCUACUCCUCCGACCUGGAGAAUCCUGACUCAGCCAAGUUCAAAGCUACACAGAAGGUUAUGAACACUCUGCUCGACCGCCUGCUGAAGGAAAGCAGCAUUGGCCCUACGUUCCAAGGAUGUGAAACAACAGACUUCAGGCCGGGCACUCACAGGGACGAGACCCGGGUGGACGCCGUGUGCACCUACAGCAAGGAGCCCUGGGCUGCGCCUUUGGACAGGGUGGGGCUGUACCACCAAGUGAGCAACAAGACCAGAGGCAUCACCCAGCUGGGCCCCUACAGCCUGGACAAGGACAGCCUCUACGUCAACGGAUACAACGAGCAGCCACUGCUGACCACUCCUACCCAGCCGCCAACAACAACAGCUGCUGCCCUUGAGCAUUUCACCAUCAACUUCACCAUCACCAACCUCCCCUACUCCUCCGACCUGGAGAAUCCUGACUCGGCCAGGUUAAGAGCUACACAAAGGGUUAUGAACACUCUGCUUGACCGCCUGCUGAAGGAGAGCAGCAUUGGCCCUGUUUUCCAAGGAUGUGAGACAACAGACUUCAGGCCAGGCAGUCACAGGGACGAGACCCGGGUGGACGCCGUGUGCACCUACAGCAAGGAGCCCUGGGCUGCGCCUUUGGACAGGGUGGGGCUGUACCACCAAGUGAGCAACAAGACCAGAGGCAUCACCCAGCUGGGCCCCUACAGCCUGGACAAGGACAGCCUCUACGUCAACGGAUACAACGAGCAGCCAGUGCUGACCACUCCCACCCAGCCGCCAACAACAACAGCUGCUGCCCUUGAGCAUUUCACCGUCAACUUCACCAUCACCAACCUCCCCUACUCUUCCGACCUGGAGAAUCCUGACUCGGCCAAGUUCAGAGCUACACGGAAGGUUAUGAACACUCUGCUUGACCGCCUGCUGAAGGAGAGCAGCAUUGGCCCUGUUUUCCAAGGAUGUGAGACAACAGACUUCAGGCCAGGCAGUCACAGGGACGAGACCCGGGUGGACGCCGUGUGCACCUACAGCAAGGAGCCCUGGGCUGCGCCUUUGGACAGGGUGGGGCUGUACCACCAAGUGAGCAACAAGACCAGAGGCAUCACCCAGCUGGGCCCCUACAGCCUGGACAAGGACAGCCUCUACGUCAACGGAUACAACGAGCAGCCAGUGCUGACCACUCCCACCCAACCAUCAACAUCAGCCAUUUCCCUUGAGCAUUUCACCGUCAACUUCACCAUCACCAACCUCCCCUACACAUCAGACCUGGAGAAUCCUGACUCGGCCAGGUUCAGAGCUACUCAAAGGGUUAUGAACACUCUGCUUGACCGCCUGCUGAAGGAAAGCAGCAUUGGCCCUGUUUUCCAAGGAUGUGAGACAACAGACUUCAGGCCAGGCAGUCACAGGGACGAGACCCGGGUGGACGCCGUGUGCACCUACAGCAAGGAGCCCUGGGCUGCGCCUUUGGACAGGGUGGGGCUGUACCACCAAGUGAGCAACAAGACCAGAGGCAUCACCCAGCUGGGCCCCUACAGCCUGGACAAGGACAGCCUCUACGUCAACGGAUACAACGAGCAGCCAGUGCUGACCAGUGAGUACCUCACAGGAGUGGGAUGGGAUCAGAAACCCACAUGCGCUCAGCUGGGACCUACCCUGAGACAUCUGCACUUGUCCAUGCAGAUCUCUGACACCUUGGCUCUUGCCCUUUAUCACUCCAUAUUUGUGCUUUUUCCAGCUCCCACUCAGCCGCCAACAACAACAGCUGCUGCCCUUGAGCAUUUCACCGUCAACUUCACCAUCACCAACCUCCCCUACUCUUCCGACCUGGAGAAUCCUGACUCGGCCAAGUUCAGAGCUACUCGAAGGGUUAUGAACAUGAUGCUCAACCGCCUGCUGAAGGAGAGCAGCAUUGGCCCUGUUUUCCAAGGAUGUGAAACAGACUUCAGGCCAGGCAGUCACAGGGACGAGACCCGGGUGGACGCCGUGUGCACCUACAGCAAGGAGCCCUGGGCUGCGCCUUUGGACAGGGUGGGGCUGUACCACCAAGUGAGCAACAAGACCAGAGGCAUCACCCAGCUGGGCCCCUACAGCCUGGACAAGGACAGCCUCUACGUCAACGGAUACAACGAGCAGCCAGUGCUGACCACUCCCACCCAACCAUCAACAUCAGCCAUUUCCCUUGAGCAUUUCACCGUCAACUUCACCAUCACCAACCUCCCCUACACAUCAGACCUGGAGAAUCCUGACUCGGCCAGGUUCAGAGCUACUCAAAGGGUUAUGAACACCCUGCUUGACCGCCUGCUGAAGGAAAGCAGCAUUGGCCCUGUUUUCCAAGGAUGUGAGACAACAGACUUCAGGCCAGGCAGUCACAGGGACGAGACCCGGGUGGACGCCGUGUGCACCUACAGCAAGGAGCCCUGGGCUGCGCCUUUGGACAGGGUGGGGCUGUACCACCAAGUGAGCAACAAGACCAGAGGCAUCACCCAGCUGGGCCCCUACAGCCUGGACAAGGACAGCCUCUACGUCAACGGAUACAACGAGCAGCCAGUGCUGACCACUCCCACCAAUGCACCAACAACAACAGCUGCUGCCCUUGAGCGCUUCACCAUCAACUUCACCACCACCAACCUCCCCUACUCUUCCGAGCUGGAGAAUCCUGACUCAGCCAAGUUCAAAGCUACACAGAAGGUUAUGAACACUCUGCUCGACCGCCUGCUGAAGGAAAGCAGCAUUGGCCCUGCUUUCCAAGGAUGUGAAACAACAGACUUCAGGCCAGGCAGUCACAGGGACGAGACCCGGGUGGACGCCGUGUGCACCUACAGCAAGGAGCCCUGGGCUGCGCCUUUGGACAGGGUGGGGCUGUACCACCAAGUGAGCAACAAGACCAGAGGCAUCACCCAGCUGGGCCCCUACAGCCUGGACAAGGACAGCCUCUACGUCAACGGAUACAACGAGCAGCCAGUGCUGACCACUCCCACCCAGCCGCCAACAACAACAGCUGCUGCCCUUGAGCGCUUCACCAUCAACUUCACCAUCACCAACCUCCCCUACUCUUCCGACCUGGAGAAUCCUGACUCGGCCAAGUUCAGAGCUACACGGAAGGUUAUGAACACUCUGCUCGACCGCCUGCUGAAGGAAAGCAGCAUUGGCCCUGUUUUCCAAGGAUGUGAGACAACAGACUUCAGGCCAGGCAGUCACAGGGACGAGACCCGGGUGGACGCCGUGUGCACCUACAGCAAGGAGCCCUGGGCUGCGCCUUUGGACAGGGUGGGGCUGUACCACCAAGUGAGCAACAAGACCAGAGGCAUCACCCAGCUGGGCCCCUACAGCCUGGACAAGGACAGCCUCUACGUCAACGGAUACAACGAGCAGCCAGUGCUGACCACUCCUACCCAGCCACUAACAACAACAGCUGCUGCCCUUGAGCGCUUCACUGUCAACUUCACCAUCACCAACCUCCCCUACUCUUCUGACCUGGAGAAUCCUGACUCGGCCAAGUUCAGAGCUACUCGAAGGGUUAUGAACAUGAUGCUCGACCGCCUGCUGAAGAAAAGCAGCAUUGGCCCUGCUUUCCAAGGAUGUGAGACAACAAAUUUCAGGCCAGGCAGUCACAGGGACGAGACCCGGGUGGACGCCGUGUGCACCUACAGCAAGGAGCCCUGGGCUGCGCCUUUGGACAGGGUGGGGCUGUACCACCAAGUGAGCAACAAGACCAGAGGCAUCACCCAGCUGGGCCCCUACAGCCUGGACAAGGACAGCCUCUACGUCAACGGAUACAACGAGCAGCCAGUGCUGACCAGUGAGCAGACCUCUGACACCUUGGCUCUUGCCCUUUGUCACUCCAUAUUUGUGCUUUUUCCAGCUCCCACUCAGCCGCCAACAACAACAGCUGCUGCCCUUGAGCAUUUCACCGUCAACUUCACCAUCACCAACCUCCCCUACUCUUCCGACCUGGAGAAUCCUGACUCGGCCAAGUUCAGAGCUACACGGAAGGUUAUGAACACUCUGCUCGACCGCCUGCUGAAGGAGAGCAGCAUUGGCCCUGUUUUCCAAGGAUGUGAGACAACAGACUUCAGGCCAGGCAGUCACAGGGACGAGACCCGGGUGGACGCCGUGUGCACCUACAGCAAGGAGCCCUGGGCUGCGCCUUUGGACAGGGUGGGGCUGUACCACCAAGUGAGCAACAAGACCAGAGGCAUCACCCAGCUGGGCCCCUACAGCCUGGACAAGGACAGCCUCUACGUCAACGGAUACAACGAGCAGCCAGUGCUGACCACUCCCACCCAUCCACCAACAACAACAGCUGCCAUUUCCCUUGAGCAUUUCACUGUGAACUUCACCAUCACCAACCUCCCCUACUCUUCCGACCUGGAGAAUCCUGACUCAGCCAAGUUCAGAGCUACUCGAAGGGUUAUGAACAUGAUGCUCGACCGCCUGCUGAAGGAAAGCAGCAUUGGCCCUGCUUUCCAAGGAUGUGAGACAACAAAUUUCAGGCCAGGCAGUCACAGGGACGAGACCCGGGUGGACGCCGUGUGCACCUACAGCAAGGAGCCCUGGGCUGCGCCUUUGGACAGGGUGGGGCUGUACCACCAAGUGAGCAACAAGACCAGAGGCAUCACCCAGCUGGGCCCCUACAGCCUGGACAAGGACAGCCUCUACGUCAACGGAUACAACGAGCAGCCACUGCUGACCACUCCCACCCAGCCGCCAACAACAACAGCUGCUGCCCUGAAGCAUUUCACCGUCAACUUCACCAUCACCAACCUCCCCUACUCUUCCGACCUGGAGAAUCCUGACUCGGCCAAGUUCAGAGCUACACGGAAGGUUAUGAACACUCUGCUCGACCGCCUGCUGAAGGAGAGCAGCAUUGGCCCUGUUUUCCAAGGAUGUGAGACAACAGACUUCAGGCCAGGCAGUCACAGGGACGAGACCCGGGUGGACGCCGUGUGCACCUACAGCAAGGAGCCCUGGGCUGCGCCUUUGGACAGGGUGGGGCUGUACCACCAAGUGAGCAACAAGACCAGAGGCAUCACCCAGCUGGGCCCCUACAGCCUGGACAAGGACAGCCUCUACGUCAACGGAUACAACGAGCAGCCACUGCUGACCACUCACACCAAUGCACCAACAACAACAGCUGCUGCCCUUGAGCAUUUCACCGUCAACUUCACCACCACCAACCUCCCCUACUCUUCCGAGCUGGAGAAUCCUGACUCAGCCAAGUUCAAAGCUACACAGAAGGUUAUGAACACUCUGCUCGACCGCCUGCUGAAGGAAAGCAGCAUUGGCCCUGCUUUCCAAGGAUGUGAAACAACAGACUUCAGGCCAGGCAGUCACAGGGACGAGACCCGGGUGGACGCCGUGUGCACCUACAGCAAGGAGCCCUGGGCUGCGCCUUUGGACAGGGUGGGGCUGUACCACCAAGUGAGCAACAAGACCAGAGGCAUCACCCAGCUGGGCCCCUACAGCCUGGACAAGGACAGCCUCUACGUCAACGGAUACAACGAGCAGCCACUGCUGACCACUCCCACCCAUCCACCAACAACAGCUGCCAUUUCCCCUGAGCAUUUCACUGUCAACUUCACCAUCACCAACCUCCCCUACUCUUCCGACCUGGAGAAUCCUGACUCAGCCAAGUUCAGAGCUACUCGAAGGGUUAUGAACAUGAUGCUCGACCGCCUGCUGAAGGAAAGCAGCAUUGGCCCUGCUUUCCAAGGAUGUGAGACAACAAAUUUCAGGCCAGGCAGUCACAGGGACGAGACCCGGGUGGACGCCGUGUGCACCUACAGCAAGGAGCCCUGGGCUGCGCCUUUGGACAGGGUGGGGCUGUACCACCAAGUGAGCAACAAGACCAGAGGCAUCACCCAGCUGGGCCCCUACAGCCUGGACAAGGACAGCCUCUACGUCAACGGAUACAACGAGCAGCCAGUGCUGACCAGUGAGCAGGGAUCGUGCCUGUCUUUCCCCAUGCAGACUGGAACUAUCACAAGACCUCUGUACUUGUGCAGGCCCAUCUCUGACACCUUGGCUCUUGCCCUUUGUUACUCCAUAUUUGUGCUUUUUCCAGCUCCCACCCAUCCAUCAACAACAACAGCUGCUGCCCUGGAGCAUUUCACCGUCAACUUCACCACCACCAACCUCCCCUACUCUUCCGACCUGGAGAAUCCUGACUCGGCCAAGUUCAGAGCUACUCGGAGGGUUAUGAACAUGAUGCUUGACCGCCUGCUGAAGGAAAGCAGCAUUGGCCCUGCUUUCCAUGGUUGUGAAGCAACUGACUUCAGCCUUAAAGGGAAAACUGUGCAGAGGAGGGUUCUGAAGGAGGUUGCUGUGUUUUGCAGGCCAGGCAGUCACAGGGACGAGACCCGGGUGGACGCCGUGUGCACCUACAGCAAGGAGCCCUGGGCUGCGCCUUUGGACAGGGUGGGGCUGUACCACCAAGUGAGCAACAAGACCAGAGGCAUCACCCAGCUGGGCCCCUACAGCCUGGACAAGGACAGCCUCUACGUCAACGGAUACAACGAGCAGCCAAUGCUGACCACUCCCACCCAUCCAUCAACAACAACAGCUGCCAUUUCCCUUGAGCAUUUCACUGUGAACUUCACCAUCACCAACCUCCCCUACUCUUCCGACCUGGAGAAUCCUGACUCGGCCAAGUUCAGAGCUACACGAAGGGUUAUGAACUUGAUGCUCGACCGCCUGCUGAAGGAAAGCAGCAUUGGCCCUGCUUUCCAAGGAUGUGAAACAACCGACUUCAGGCCAGGCAGUCACAGGGACGAGACCCGGGUGGACGCCGUGUGCACCUACAGCAAGGAGCCCUGGGCUGCGCCUUUGGACAGGGUGGGGCUGUACCACCAAGUGAGCAACAAGACCAGAGGCAUCACCCAGCUGGGCCCCUACAGCCUGGACAAGGACAGCCUCUACGUCAACGGUCAUCAUGAAGUGCAGCCUGGACUAUCUGCUGAUCAAAGCACCCAACCUCUGGCACCAGCAGUAAAGAACUUCACCCUGAACUUCACCAUAACCAACCUCCAGUUCAGUGCAGAUCUGCAGAAUCCCAGUUCCAGGAGAUUCAAGUCAACAGAAAAAGUCAUGUACCACUAUGUUGAUCCUUUACUCCAAAGGAGCAGCAUUGGCCCAGCUUACAUUGGCUGCAAAGUAAUGGCAUUCAGGUCCACGAAGAACAGGGAUGACACAGGAGUAGAUGCUAUGUGCAGCUACAGGGAUGAGCCUUCAGAUCCCAAAUUCAACAGAACAACUGUUUACCGUGAGCUGAGCAAAAUGACCAGUGGCAUCACCAAGCUGGGACACUACAGCCUCAACAGCCAGAGCCUCUACGUCAAUGGUUACAAUGAAGCUCACAGUCUAUCCUCAGUAAAAUCAACCACCACACAAAGCCCAGGGGCAACCACGGAGCACUUCACCCUGAACCUCACCAUAACCAACCUCAUGUUCACCACAGACCUGCAGACACCAAACUCCCGCAAAUUCCGCUCCACCGAGAAAAUAAUGAAACACUACAUUGACUCCCUGCUUCAGAAGAGCAGCAUUGGCCCUCAUUUCACUGGCUGCAAAGUGAUGGGAUUCGGGCCUGAGAAGAACAGGGAUAGCACAGGAGUGGACACCACCUGCAGCUACAGAAAGGACUCCCAGGUGCCCAAGUUUAACCCAGCUGAGGUUUACCAAGAGCUGAAGGGAAUGACAAGUGGCAUCACCAAGCUGGGAAUCUACAGCCUGGACAAAAAGAGCCUCUAUGUCAAUGGUUACAACGAACCCCUUGAGAGAGCACCCCGGAGCACCACAGCUGCACCAAAACCAACAUCCAGGAAUUUCACACUUAACUUCACCUUGACCAACCUCCGCUACACUGCAGACCUGGCUGCCCCAAAUUCCCGCAGGUUCCUCUCCACGGUGAAAGUUAUGAACCACUACCUUGACCCUCUUUUCAAGAGGAGCAGCAUAAGCUCUGCCUACACAGGAUGUAAAGCCAUGAGAUUUAGGUCUGGAAGGCACAGGGAUGACACCAAAGUGGACGCUGUGUGCAGCUACAGGGACAAUGCCAGCCUGGCCAGGUUUGACAGAGAAAAGCUUUACCAGGAGCUGAGCACCAUGACAAACAACGUCACCAAACUGGGCCACUACAGCCUGGACAGCAGCAGCCUGUACGUCGAUGGUUUCACCCUCACAGGCACAGCUGCCACCAAAAAGCCUCUCCUGACUGCAGCCAAACAGGGCUACAGGCUGAGCUUUAGAAUAGUCAAUGAAAACCUCACCAACCCUGACUCUCAGUCUCCAGAAUACAGAGCAGCAGUAGAAAGCAUCACCAACAAGAUGAAUCACUUGUACCGUCAGAGCGACCUGAGGGACCAGUUCUUGACCUGCAGGAUCACCAGGCUGAGGCCUGGAUCCAUAGUGGUGGACUGCCAGUGCUUCUUCCAGCCCCACCCCAACAUCAGCAGGGCCGUGGUUGAAAGGACUUUCCAGGACAGGACCUCCAACCCCACGGGGCUGUGGCUGGGGAGCAGCUACCGACUGCAGGAAUUCUCCGUGGACACCUUGGAACUCUCAGUUGAGGCAGCAACUCACAAGACACCCCUCGAGUCCGGCAAGGAAAACUUCGGAUUAAAUUUCCGAAUCUCCAACCUUCCCUACUCGCCAGAACUGCAGGAUGCCAGCUCCCAGAUGUACCAAGAGAACAAAGAGAAGAUUGAGAAAGAGCUCGAGGUAUUCAGGAACAGCCACCUCAAGGACCAAUUUGUUGGCUGCACAGUGGAGAGAUUUGGGCCUGUCCACGGCAAAGGACACACAGAGGUUGCCUCAAUCUGCAAAUUCACCCCGGAUCCCCUCUCAGGGAGUUUGCAAGAGCAGGAGGUGUUUGAGGAGCUGAAACUCCUGACCCAGGGCUUCACCAGGCUGGGCCCCAGCUAUGAGCUGGAGAAGCAGAGUCUGGAGGUAGAAGGUUACUCUCCACUCAAGACAGAUGAACCAGAGCCCACAAGAUCUGAGCUUCAGUUCUGGGCCAUCAUCCUCAUCUGCCUUUUCACCCUGCUGGGCUUCAUCCUCCUCCUCUUGUUGUGCUUCCUGGUCCUCUCCUGCCUGAGGAGGAAGUCUCACCUGUACCAGGUGCAGCAGGGCCUCUAUGGGUUGUACUUCCCCCACCUGAGCACAGGGAAGGUUCACUGACACCUCAGCUUGGUCUUCCCAGACCUGUUCGUCCACUGAUGAAGGAAAAAAUAGCUACAAAAACUAGAAAACAUUUCUUUUAUAAAUUAUUUCAGCGUUUCCUCUUGCCUUGAGACAAAUCUUUGCACUAUUGCCAUGAUUCUUUUCAUACUCCAGGAGACUGCCAACAGCGCAGGUGCUGAGGAAAGUAUUUUUCUAAGCACUGCAGUGUUUUAUAUAAAUAUAAUUUUUUAUAUAAAUAUUACACAACCAAAGGAAAAUAAAAGCUACCAGGAGCUGCAGUUUGCAAAGCCCUUCAGUGUUAACGUCAGUUUUCUGAAAAAGACUUAAAAUUAUACUAAUUUAGAGUAUUUUGGGGACUGACUGUUGUAGACUUAGAAAUCCCACCUAGAUUUUAGCUUUUUCACCACUGAGCUUUAAAAAUGUAAAUAUCUUAAUUCAAAUAUUUCAUCUAUUUAUAAUUAUGACAUCAUGAUUUAAAGAGAUUUGUUGUUAAAUCUGAGUGUGGCACAGCCAGGCUGUGUUUUUUGAGAUUGCUGCUGAUUUCAGUUCAAUAAAUGCCACAUUUUA